CCGGCCCCCCGGAAUGGGACCGAGCCCGGCCAGACGCCCCAACCCCCAAAACCUCUCCCCGCUCUCCGCUCUCCGCUCGUGGGUGCUCCCCGUCUCUCUCCUCCCGCGCACGCCCGCGCGCAGGAAGGUUGACCCCCGUCGGCCACCAGCGAGCUCCGGUAAGGUAAGAGUGAAAAUGGAUGGGAACACUAGAGGGGGUGGACAGUCUGAUGCAUUAAGAAACUACACCCUGGGAAGAACAUUAGGUAUUGGUACAUUUGGAAAAGUGAAGAUUGCAGAGCAUAAGCUUACAGGACAUAGAGUUGCUAUAAAGAUCAUUAACUGCCGCCAAAUGAGAAAUAUGGAAAUGGAAGAGAAAGCAAAGAGAGAAAUCAAGAUAUUGAAGUUGUUCAUUCAUCCCCAUAUCAUACGGCUUUAUGAGGUCAUUUACACACCUAUGGAUAUAUUUGUUGUGAUGGAAUAUUGUAAGUAUGGUGAGCUGUUUGAUUACAUUGUUGAGAAAGGUAGAUUACAGGAAGAGGAAGCUCGGCGAAUCUUCCAGCAGAUCAUAUCUGGUGUUGAAUACUGCCAUAGAAACAUGGUUGUCCAUCGUGACCUAAAGCCAGAAAAUCUGUUACUUGAUUCGAAGUAUAAUGUAAAACUUGCAGACUUUGGCUUAAGCAAUGUAAUGCAUGAUGGUCAUUUUUUGAAGACUAGCUGUGGGAGUCCAAACUAUGCUGCUCCAGAGGUAAUAUCUGGUAGAUUAUAUGCUGGACCUGAGGUUGAUGUAUGGAGUUGUGGAGUGAUCCUUUAUGCACUUCUUUGUGGAACUCUUCCAUUUGAUGAUGAGAAUAUUCCCAACCUGUUCAAAAAGAUCAAGGGAGGUAUCUACACUCUUCCGAGUCAUUUAUCUGCUUUGGCCAGGGAUUUGAUCCCAAGAAUGCUUGUUGUCGAGCCUAUGAAGAGAAUCACAAUUCGUGAAAUUCGAGAGCAUCCAUGGUUCCAGUUUCGCCUUCCUCGUUAUUUGGCGGUGCCUCCACCAGACACGGCACAGCAAGCCAAAAUGAUUGAUGAGGAUACACUUCGAGAUGUUGUUAAUUUGGGAUUUAAAAAGGACGAUGUGUGUGAGUCACUGUGCAGCCGACUUCAAAAUGAGGCAACUGUUGCGUAUUAUUUACUAUUGGACAAUCGGUUUAGAGCAACCAGUGGCUAUCUCGGGGCAGAUUAUCAAGAAUCAAUGGAUAGGAAUUUAAAUCAGCCGGCGUUGUCCGAAUCAACUAGUUCUGGUACGAGGAAUCAUGUUCCAGGAAGCAGCGAUCCUCAUAGCAGCGGUUUGUGGACACAUUAUCCCGUUGAAAGAAAAUGGGCGCUUGGACUUCAGUCUCGGGCCCACCCUCGUGAAAUAAUGAUUGAGGUCCUGAAAGCACUUCAAGAAUUAAAUGUCAGCUGGAAGAAGAAUGGACACUACAAUAUGAAAUGCAGAUGGUGUCCUGGAUUUUCUGAAGUCGAUGAUAUGUUAGAUGCCAGCAACAGCUUUCUUGGUGACUCUACCAUUAUGGAUAAUGAUGAUGCAAACGGAAAGCUACCUGCUGUGAUCAAAUUUGAAAUCCAGCUUUACAAGACGAGGGAUGAAAAAUACCUCCUCGAUAUGCAGAGAGUUACUGGACCUCAGCUCCUCUUCCUGGACUUUUGUGCGGCCUUCCUUACCAAGCUUCGAGUUCUAUAGUGCUCUGUCUAUGUUCAGAGUGGCGAAUAACUAAACAUAGGGCUUUGCCUUGUGAGGUUUUUGGUGAUGAAUAAACAACACCAUGUAAAUAGGAGCCUUUGCACCUUUCUCUUGUCUUUGGACAGCAAAACGUGUUUGUUUGUGUUUGAGUGACUGGUCUUGUGAUUCGCCCAAAGGUUGGCUGUUAACUUGUUAUAGAUAUGCAUAGGUUUAGUAUAACUGUCUGGGGGGGCAUUUCUGUUUAAGCAAGCUGUAGCACCGCAGAUGGCAAUUCUGCAGUGCAACCACUUGCGAAAAAUGCAAGAUCCAGCUUCUAUUCAACUUACUACAUAUCUAUCCUCCGAUGUACUUCAAAAUUUUGCAGUCGCAAAUAUUUUUUCAUGACCACCA